GGAAAACGUAGAUAGUCAAAUUGACAAGAAAGAGAAGAAGUAGAAGGGUCUGAGAAAAGAGUGGGAGAAGUGAUAGUGCGGAACAGUCGGAACAGUGUCGAACGAGACGCACAGAGUCAGAAGGAAGGUUAUGGAAUCUGCGUAAGUUGUGUCGUGCAGAUGUCAUGUAUCUGCAGUGUGUGUAAUGAGUAAAGCAGUGGGUAAAUAUUGUACGAGGCAAUUUGAGGACACGGUGCAUUUCUGUGUGAAACAGAUGAGCAAUUAGUUUCGCCAUCCUGUGGCGGGCUAGUUAUUGCGAUGAAGUUGUGUUAGUGUGAUCCCCAGGUGAUCUCCGCAGUGCUGGUUUGUUUUGAUCAGCAAUGCGCAAUUGGUGAAGAAAAUGACAGGUGAAUGCACCGCUAAAGAACUUCAAGAGAUAUUGCUGUAUAGUGCAAGACAUGGAGAUAUAAAAAUGGUUCAAGAAUUAUUGAUAGCUAGGAAAGAAAACAAAAUAGAACUUGACAUUAGCUGUAAAGGUAAAAGCAAAAGCAAUUUAGGAUGGUCUCCUCUGCAUUUAUCUACGUACUUUGGCCAUGAAGGUGUGGUGGAAUUAUUGCUGUCACAUGGUGCUGAUGUCAAUGUCGUGAAUGAUGCUGGUGACACACCCCUUCACAGAGCUGCAUUCAUUGGAAGAGAAGAUUUAGUCCUUCUCUUACUGCAACAUAAUGCAGAUGUUGCUAUAAUAAAUGGUGAAGGGCAGACACCACGAGAUGUAGCAAAAAGUGAGGAUGUUGCCAAAUUAUUAUUGGCUGCUGAAAAAACAGAAGCAAGACAUAAAGAGGAGGAGCUUCUAGCUGCAGCGAGGGAAGGAGAUCUUGAAAUAAUGAACAAGUUGCUUAAAGACGAACAUCCGCCCAGUAUUAAUUGUGUAGAUGCUCAGGGAAAUUCAUGUCUUCAUUGUGCAGCAUAUCGUGGUCAUAAGGAAGUAGCUGUAUUAUUAUUGCAAAAUGGUAUAGAUCCAAAUAUACAGAAUACAAGAGGUCAAACAGCUGUGGAUUUAGCUCGGGACGCUCAGAUGCAACAAGUACUUUGUGUGCGACCUGUUCGUCAACUACAAAAAUCUGCUACUCGAUUUGAGGGACAAUUGCUCAAACGAUCUCGGUUUUUGGGCUGGAAACCUAUUUGGGCUGUUUUAGAGCGUGGAGUAUUAACUUACUUCAAUAAUCGAGCUGAUGCGUCCACUGGAUUCAAGAGGAAAGACUUUAAAUAUUUAGACGGAGCAAAUAUUUUGCCCUUGGAAUGUGAUAAUUCUUCUUUUGUUGUUCAUUUUUCUGAUGGUGCUAUUCAUAGACUUAGUGUUGUGAAUUAUGGUGAAACAACAGGACAAAUUAGUCGACAAAAAUGGAUGAAUGCCUUUUCAGAACAUGCGGCCUUUAGUACUCAUUACCUUACCCAAGGUCAUGUCCUAUUUGAUUGUGAUGAUGAUGAUGAAGUAAUCAAACCAUUAGGUUCAAUGCAGGAUUCUUUGCAGACUGCUGCUGCCCAUCACCAAGUUUUGGAGCAUCAACUGACUGAGAGUGUAGCAAUGGUAGAAGCUCUAGCAAAUAAUAGUUUAGGUUGUGAUGCUAUUACAGGGGCUGCAAUUAGGAGUUUCCAAUUAAUGUCGGACACAGCAGGGGAUAUGUUAUCAUCCUUAGGACAUUGCCUUUCUCUUUUUCAACAACAAGAAGAGGUGCGUGUACUGCAAUUAAAACAAGAACAAGAGAAGUGCAGAGUGUUAGAGGAAGCAUUAAAUGUCCUAGCUAAAGAACAUCAUGAAUUAGAACAAUCAAUGGCUUCUCAUCUCUCUAAUUCCCCCUCUAUGCACGCUGGUGCUUCUCGUGACCACUCACGUAUUCGAAGUCCCAGAUUUUAUGAUACAUCAGAUGAUGAAUUCUACGAUGCAUUUGAAGCUGACUCUGAGAGUGACACUCUGGUGACUGCUGUGACUCCAACUUCCGACAGUGAUACACUGGUCAGUUUCCCCUCCCCUGCUUCGUCCUGUGGGACAUUGGUGUCAGCAGGAGGCCAUGCUUACAGAUGCGCCAGAGAUGCUCCUCUCAAAACUCAUGGACGUUAUGGUUUAGUAUUUUUUUUCCUAAGUUUUUGA